AUGCUGGCCCGUGUUUCAAGACUUUCCGAGCCAACUUUUCUGCCAUUUUUCACCCACCGACCUGGUCCUCGAUUGCCAAACUGUCCUUCCUACUCGUCUGCCCAUUAUUUCUCAAAAUUCCACGACUUUCGUCACUCUCGUGCUAAAACCACCCAACAUGCAUGCUUAAGCCGAUCUCAAAGCGUUCGUCAGUAUUCAUCCUCUUCUUCCCUUCGUUCGUCCCAUCUUCCCUCGGCAGCCAGGCUCGGUUGUGGCUUCGAUGCACAUCGUCUCGACUGUGAGCCAGGCCUAUGGUCCAGACACGUCUCGGCGCGACUCCUGCAUCGAGCGCUUCAUCUUGUUUCGGAUCAAAUUCCUAAAUCCAAUUUUCUUCCUUCUGACUCUUCUUCAUCUAAAUCACAUGCCAAAUUUCGAGUGGGAGCGGACAAAUCCUCGCGAGUCAAGUGCGUCUGGUUGCGUACACGACAGGAGCUUGUGAGUUUGUAUUCUCACUCAUAA